GGGAGCCCAAACAGCACUGAGCGAAGGGGAAAGGAACAACACAAGACAUCACACCUUUCCAUAACAAACACAGUCGCUAGAUCUACCAGAGGCUCUACAUGGUCCAGUGUGGAAAAUAGCACCAUGGGCAGAACAGACGACAACUUUGGUUCCUGGAUAGACGGUGAUGAUGAUCUGCAUACUGGCGGAAAGACUGAAAGCUGCAACCAGUGCAACCACCACACCUUCCCAGAGAUUGGUAACUCUGUACGAUAGUCUUCCUCCUCUUUCAACCAAUUCUGAUGACAGCUCGCUCCAGCUUGAAAAUGCUUGCAAUGGUGAAGGUGCUGUCAAUGAGGAUGAUAAUGGAGUACAGGAGAGUCACAGGGGAAAGAGCUGUGAGGAUGAUGAUGAAGAGGGCCACCUGGUCGAUCACAUUGGCGUCGUGAUGAAAGAAAGAUAUGAGGUGGUAUCUACACUGGGAGUAGGAGCCUUUGGAAAGGUGGUGGAGUGUAUUGACAGAGAAAAAGAUGAGCAUGUGGCUGUGAAGAUUGUAAGGAAUAUUGACUGUUUCCGUGAAGUAGCAAAGUCCGAGAUCACAGUGCUGGAGGAGAUCAACAGCCUGGAUGACGAGAACAAUUUCGCCUGCGUUAGGAUGCUUGACUGGUUUGACCACGAAGGUCACAUCUGCAUCGUGUUCGAGCUGCUGGGCCUCAGCACCUUUGAGUUCCUCCGAAAAAACAACUUCCUGCCAUUCAGUGUGGAACAGAUCCGACACAUGGCCUUCCAGAUCUUCAGAGCUGUCUGCUUUCUGCAUCGUAACAAGCUGACCCACACAGACCUGAAACCAGAAAACAUCCUCUUCGUCUGCUCCGACUGCAACCUGGAAUUCAAUGACAAGACGAAUUGUAAGGAGAAGAAGCUGAGGAGUCUGGAUGUUAAGGUGGUGGAUUUUGGCACCGCCACAUUUGACCACGAACACCAUGAAUCUCUGGUGUCGACACGCCACUAUCGAGCUCCAGAAAUAAUACUGGAUCUGGGCUGGAAUCAGUCAUGUGAUGUUUGGAGCCUGGCCUGCGUUCUCAUGGAGUAUUACCUCGGACAAACACUCUUUCCGACCCACGACAGUAAAGAACAUCUAGCCAUGAUGGAGAAAGUCCUGGGGCCGAUUCCCCCUCACCUUCUGAAGCAAACCAGAAAGCAGCACUACGUGCACAACGAGUGUCUGAACUGGGACGAACAAAGCUCCUCUGCUGAGUACAUCAGGGAACACUGUAAACCUCUGAAGCAGUACAUGCAGAGGGAGAGUGAGGAAGAGAGGCAGCUGUUUGACCUGCUCAGCUGCAUGUUGGAGUAUGAUGUCUGCAGACGUAUCACCCUGGAGGAGGCGCUGUUUCACCCAUUCUUCAUCCCGCUGAGGAGACAGAACCAGCAGUUCUGCUAGCAUACAGACAGACAGACAGACUGACAGACAGAUAGACACACAAACACACACACACACACACACACACACACACACACACACACACACACACACACACACACACACACACAGACAAACGAACAUCUACCUCAUCCUGUAGUUUCAGUGUAAUCAUUUAUUAACUUUUUAUAGUUCUGAGUGAAUAAUUUUCAGUUUGAUUUACAGUGAAAACAGUUUUGGAGAGCAUUCCUGUUUUUAGAAACACACUUUUUUGUCAUCCUGUCAUGAUCCAACAAUCCACAUGUCAUUGUAAAAAGUUGAGUUUAAGUUAGAACAAUUGUGUGUUUCCCUGUAUUGAUUGUUAAUCGAUUUGUUAAUACAUUAUUUGUGUUUU